AUGAACAUAGUACACCCAUCAACAAGUAGUGUCAAUGUACAACAAAAUAGAAGAAGGUCAUCGCAAGUUGCAUUCAAUCUAGUAAGAUAUAAUUUAAAUAGAGAAGAAGAUCGUCGUAAAACUUUCGAACAAAAUGGAUGGUUCAAUCACGAAUUUAACGUUGAGUACAAAGACUUAGCAUUGCUCGGAUUUUUUUACGAAAAAUAUCCUGAUUCUGUGAGGUGUAACUUUUGCCUUUUGCAAUUAAGUGACUUCGAACCUGGCGAUGAUAUUUUACAAGCGCAUUUAACAUUUUCGCCAAACUGCCCACUUUUAAAACGUUGCAAGACUGAUAAUGAACCAAUGAAUAGUGAAAAAUUAAAUAAAAUAUUACCAAAAGUUUAUUAUGAUGAGUGUGGAUGGAAAAGAAAGAAAAAUAAAGAAGAAGUAAAGAAAAGUGAAACGAUCAGAUAUCCACGAUAUGAAUCACUUAAUAAAAGGCUCGAAACAUUUGAUAUGUGGCCAAUUGGACUUAAACAAAAGCCUCAAGAUUUAGCAGAGGCUGGUUUCUUUUAUAGUGGCCAAUCAGAUGUAACGAUAUGCUUUUCAUGUGGAAAUCAUAUUGGAAAAUGGGAAGUUGAUGAUAAUCCAUGGGUAGAACAUAACAAACUUAGUAAAGAAUGCAAUUUUCUUAAGGAAAAUAAAGAAAUUUUGAAUGAGAAUACUAAGAAAUAUGAGACAGAUAGUGAUUAUGGUUCAAUGGAAACAGAAGACGGUAAUGACGAAAAGAAUACUUCAGAAGAUAAAAUCAUUAAAGAGUGUAAAAUAUGCUUAGAAGUUAAACGUCUUCCUGCUAUCCUUCCAUGUGGACAUGUAGCUGCAUGUCAAUCAUGCAUUCAGAAACUAACAAACAAGAAAUGUCCCAUUUGUAGAACGAAAAUUGAAGAUACUAAGCAAUUAUAUUUAUCUUAA